AUGUCCACUACCAAUUCAUGCCCCUACUGUCCCGAUCGUCGUCCCUUCGAGCGUCAGCAGCCCAUGCACAUCCCCGAGGGCACCCACGUUACCUACGCCGAGAGGCGCGUCCUUGAGCAGAGAUAUCCUGGUGAAGCGAUGGUGACGCAGUACUCGUCACGCCCGACAGACAAGCGCAGCCGCUUCACGCUAGCAGAACAAGAGAGGAUCCGACGAAUCCAUUCGGACCAAAGGGCAAUGAGGUUCGAGGUAGUGCCCGAACAGCCCGGUCAUCCGAUGGACAUCAACAAGCCGCUGCCGCCCCGACCUUUUACAGGUGCCUUCUCGCUCGUUGGAGCAGUCAGAGUCGUCGCAGGGUUUCGAGACUCGUACGCAGAGCGAAGGGCCGCAACCUCGCAGAGAGGCGCGGAGCAGGUUCGAACGUCCCCCAAGACACCCGCAAAGGAUUCAUGCCAUGUGGAGAUGUCGCAGACCUUACAGAUACCAUCCAAGGCGGAUCAUCAGUCAAGCAUUGGACAUCUCGCGGUACAAAUCCGGCCACAGCCCAAGGACCGUGGCUCAACAUAG